UUGUCAGAACGGGGAAAUGUCGAAGGCGAGUUGACAACACGAGAUUGCAUCCCCUUCAGUCGCCUACUAGACUAGCUUGCCGUAGCUUUUAAAUCGCACGCAAGCUGGGAGUAGCGCGUGGACCGCCGGCAACGUGCUGUCGGAAACCAUUGUUUUAAUUCAUAAGCCUUGAAUCGUUAUUUUCUUUUUAACUUUCGUCACCGAUCAUACUCGUUUUUUCCUCAGCGAUGCGCGCCGAGCUUGAUCCGGGAUCACAAAGCAGCGAAAGCAAUGGAGGUAUCACCAGUGGUAGCAGCGCUGGUGGUUCCGUGUUCGUGACGGUGGGUACGACGCGCUUCGACGCGCUAGUGGAGGCGGUGGACAGCCGCGAAUGCCGGAGAGCGCUCUGUGAACGCGGGUUCGCCUCCGUGGUGGUGCAGCGGGGACGAGGAACGUUCAAACCGGCCGAGAUGGCAGGGCGAUCCUGACAACACUGGUGUGACAGUAACGAGCUUUGAGUUUGCCCCCUCCAUGGCCCCCUACGUCAAACAGGCAUCCCUCGUUAUAAGCCAUGCAGGCUCAGGCAGCAUAUUCGAAGCCCUGAGAGCCAGCAAGCCUCUAGUAGUGGUGGUGAACGCAGCUCUGAUGGACAACCACCAGAGGGAGCUGGCAGGGGCUCUGGUGGAAAGGCAGCAUCUGGUGCAGGCCACACCUGCCAGCCUGGCUGCUACAGUGCGAGAGAUGGACUUAAAAGGGCUGGUGCCGUACCCGCCACAAGAGGCAGAGAAAUAUGCGCAAGCCUUGGAUGAGUUCUUAGGGUUCUCAUAGGAGGAGGUGACUUUUGAGUCGACUCAAAUGGUUCUCUUCUCUCGUAGGACGAGGAGAUGCGCGUUGCGCAUGUACAUGUUAAGACUAGAAGGAAUGAUUAGAGGAAGGGAGAACAGGGGAGAUAUAGCAUUUGGGUUGUACCCACUAAGAACUUACCCUAUCUCGCCUAUAACUUUUACAUAACAAUAUACCGGUAUGUAUAAGUUGACACACCCCCUAGGUUAGAUAAGGG